CGGAAGUUUUAGAGAUUUUCCACUUAAACGCAGAAACUUACUGUUUUUCUGUGUUUAAUACUUGUUUAACGGUAUCUGGUUCAUCCUAUAUCUGCAGUUAAACGUCGUACUUCAGGUUUUCUGCUUUUCGCCGGUGGUAAUUCUUCUUCGAUUGUUCUCCGCUCUGGAAGGCGCGAUCAUGAAGAUCCUUUCGUUCGUACUGCUCGAGGUGUUGAAGCUGCAACUGACCGGAAGUCAGGGCACCACUGGAGGGCCCAGCAGUUUCGGAUACGAUGCAGCUUCGGCUUGCAGCAGACCAUAUUCCAGACUCGGUAGAGCCCGCAUCGAAAAGCUUCCUUGCGACUUCCGGCGUCAGAAUUGGUGCGCCGUUGCUGGUAACGCGUAUCCCUGGCAUGCGGUACGUCGUUUCGUCCAGGAGAAUCAGGGCCUGAUGCGAAGGAUGUACGGCGACGAAAGGCAUCUGGACGUUAUCAGAAACGAACUUGAAAAGAACGACGUCGACGUAGAAUUGGAAGACGGAUAUACAGAUUUCCUCGAUGAAUCUAGACGAUUUCGAUACGAGUACGAGUUGGAUUUUGAGGAUCGACAAUCUAGGGUCCAGAUAGAACCUCGAUCCGAUGGCAGAGGAUUCACGAGCAGAGCCUGGAACGGUGCUCGAAGGUUUGGCAAGGUUCCAAAAUCGAACGAAAAUUCGAGAAUUCCGUCAGAAACGUCUCUGGAUCAGGAUGUGGUCUUGACGCCAUCAACGGUGUCUCAACACACAACGACCACAACGACCAUGCCCACAAGUGGCAUUGAAUCAACAGUACCGACAAUGAGGACAUCGAUUGCAGAGAAUUCAACGAGCAGAUCUGACAUAUUAUCGUCGCUAUCGCCGAAUGAGACCUCCCAGAGUGUCUGGAACUCGAGCGAAACCUCGACGACUCCUAUGCAGAAUUUCAGCUUAAACGAGAUUCUCAGCCAGUCGGAAAGACUCAACCAGUCCAUCGAAUUUUCUACGGAGGUUCCUCUGAUUUUCGAGGAAAUCAUCGAAGUCAGCGAGAUCGCGGAAGCGACCUCGACGAGCACGACGUCGACGGCGAAUCCGAGAACGAGGACCUCGGGGACUUCAUCUUUGGACGGGAGAAACGAGACCGUUUUCGUCGGGGAUGAGUUGGAGAGAAAUAAAAAUCCCAAAGAGCCGCCAACUGGGGUCGGUGACCAGGAUUCUGGAGAGAGGACACGGGAGGAGGAGCAGGUGCAACAGCAGAAGCAACAGCACUUCCGGCCGAGGCCAGAAUACCGACCCUCGGAGACGACCUCGGAGAACUCGAAUAUGGAAGGCCAACUAUUUCAGGAUGUGGCCGCCAAGGAUCAGGAGCCGGUUCUCAAACUGAGAGGAGUGAACGCGUGUCCCGUGAAAGAGGAAGUGGUCGCUCCAUUUUGGGCAAAUAAUACUCGAGGCGAGGUACUGGCGUUGCUAAAUCUCUACCCGUUUGAACAGUACAUCCACUGGGAGAAAUGCACAAACGAGAACAAGCAGAUGUACUGCAGGAACGGAUGCAGGUGCGAACAGCAAUUCAGGCUCCACAGAUUGCUGGCCUACGACCCUAACAAUGAGUGCCGAGGGAUUUUCAGCGACUGGUUCAAGUUUCCCAGCUGCUGCGUCUGUCGAUGCUACGACUUGCCGGUAGAAUUUCGAGUGACGUCCAGAUCUCCCAGGAUCCAAAAGCAGAAGCGGAGAAGAAGGCAACGAGCCGACGUCCCGCGAUCAGGGUGA